GUGACUUCCAAGUCUGCAGACAGGAGGAGAAGAUGAAGGAAGAUUUUCCACCUAGUUCUCACGUGCCCAUCAGCAACAGCAAGUCCAUUCUCAAGUCAGAGCUCUUAAGCCUACUAAAAACCUACAACUGCUACCAUGAAGGCAAAAGCUUCCAGCUGAGGCACAGAGAGGAAGAAGGGGCUCUGAUCAUUGAUGGGCUCCUCAACAUCUCCUGGGGGCUGAGGCGGCCCAUCCGGCUCCAGAUGCAGGAUGACCGAGAGCGACUGCACCUCCCCACCACCGCAUGGACAUCCAGGCAGCCCAGCUGUGACCCAAAGGAACCCACUCCUCAGAACAACAGUGGGGGCUCUGCUGAGGAGCCAGGUGCUGAGCCUUUGCAGAGGGCCGAGAGCUCCACACACAGCUCAGAGCCCCUGACAGAGGACACAGAGGUCCCACAGCUACUGCGGACCAGGAGCGAUGCCAGUUGUGUGAUUCAGAGGAGGCCUAAGGGCCGCACGCCCGGUGAGGCCCAGAGGGUCCGGCAACACCGCUUCUCCAUCAACGGCCAUUUUUACAACCACAAGACCUCCGUGUUUACUCCUGCCUUUGGCUCCAUAACCAACGUGAGGGUCAACAGCACCAUGACAACCCUGCAGGUGCUCACCCUGCUGCUGAGCAAGUUCAGAGUGGAAAAUGGCCCCGAAGAGUUUGCACUCUACAUGGUGCACGAGUCAGGGGAAAGGACAAAGUUAAAAGACCAUGAGUACCCCCUGAUUUCCAGAAUCCUGCACGGGCCAUGUGAGAAGAUUGCCAAGCUCUUCCUGAUGGAAACGGACCUGGGUGAAGAAGUCCCCUAUGACGUCGCUCAGUACAUUAAGUUUGAAAUGCCGGUGCUGGACGGUUUUGUUGAGAAAUUAAAAGAAGAGGAGGAAAGAGAAAUAAUCAAACUGACCAUGAAGUUCCAAGCCUUACGUCUGACAAUGUUGCAACGCCUGGAGCAGCUGGUGGAGGCCAAGUAGCUGGCCAGCGCCUGCCUCUCCUACAGCCCCCAAGCGCCAGUGUACGCUGAGUCCCAGCGCCGGGCUGCCACGUAUUGCUGACUAGUCACACUGAUGCAUGGCCCUGCCUGAGGAACUCGGUGCCUACGCCUCCCACCUGUGCAAAGCCAAAGCCCUGAGUCCCCCGCCCUAGCCCUCAGCUCCCAGGUGAGCAUGCCUAGCACCAGCCCAGGCCUGAGGAGCCAGGAACUUGCUGGGUGUGUCUGCAUGUGAGCAGACCAGGCAGAGUGGAGCCCUGAGGCUGUGGCACUGGCCACAUCAUGUGGCUGGAUGGCCGUGGUCAAUCCUGUUCACCCCACACCUCUCCUGCUCAGGAAAGCAGAGCCUGCAUGAGCCCCUGGAGUGUGCUUCUUCAGCUCUCUAGUGCCUGGCCCAGAGCCUGUGAGGGGCCAUAGCCCCUGACCUCAUCACCCACACAAACACAAUCCACGGGAUCUCUGUCUGUCCAUCGUGUCAUGCUGCCAGCAGGAACUCUGCUACUCGGAAAAACAGGGUGGCCAACAGGCAUGGACAUGGCUCUGCUUGCAGCUACCACUUACCCACGGCGUCCCUGGCCUCUUAGCCUCAGACGUCACCGCAGGAACCUCACCCAGCCCAGUACCCCUGGCAGAGUCCGGACCAGGAAUAAGAUACAGACAUUCAUCGUCUCUAUAGCACUGGCCUCAGCUUUACCAAUGAGACCCAGAGGAAUUCUUAUAAGGAGCAAGAAACCUGCCCAUUUGAUCCUGUUGAGUAGGUGGUCAGCGUGGCAUUGGGAGGGUACUGCCCCUGUGUAGACAAGCACCCUCCAGGGUCUGCCUGGCAGAGGCCUUGCGUAGCGGUCAUCAUCCCAUCCCUACUGCCCUGCAGACACCUGGUGCCCUUACCUUCCCCAGGCCUGCUUUGCCCUGCUGUGGUGGGCAGUCUUGCCACUUGCCUUCAAAGAGGCACGAUGAGGAGAAAUGUCUGUUUAGGGAGAAAGGGUUUUGCAUUCCCUGGACCAGAUACAGAACAGUCUGUGUUUGUGAGCUGCUGGAAAACUUCUGGAAUGAGAUCCCUUUGCAAAACUAUGUACCAGUCACUCGAAGUGCUUUUCCAAAGCAAGGGCAAACUGAAGGCUCAAAGGCUUAUCCCAGUCACCUCUGUGGAUGAUGGAUGCAGAGGGAAGAACUAUAAAGGGCUCCAAAGAUAGGAAAACUUCUCUGCCCACUCACAUGGAGGCGCCUCACCAGUGCCUGUAAUGAGCAGAGACUUGGGACUGUGCGGUGGGGACCCCGUCUGUCAAGGUGACCUUUGCACCAGGGCCACCCUACCCCAGCUUCUGUCCUGCUCUGUCAAGGCAGCUGCAUCAUCAGAGACACACAACAGGACGUCAUGGGGAGGUGUGGCCACUCUCCUGUUGUCUGCUCUCCUUACCAAGCAGAGCUUUCUAGGUGCUCAAUAAAUGAGCUGUGAAAUCAGCUAGCGAAAACCCCGUGGAUCACAGCUCCAAUCUCCUUGUGCAUGGGGUCACCAUGUGUUGGAGGCCAACUUGACAACAGCUAACAACAAGAACGUAUUUAACUGAAGAAAUUAGGAAAAGGUUUUCUUAUACUUUUUGCUUGUGUCUCCACUGGGACCCCUUGCUGCAACCUCUCAAACCCUUACGUAUGCUUAGCUGCAUUUGGCAGAAGAGCCACAGCUGAACUGCAGCCCACUGCUCUUGAAGUUGGUACAGCUCCUGUUUCCAUGUAUAUCCUGGAGCUGAGGUCCAGCCCAAGAAGAGAUGGUGCCAUAGGACAUAGAAUAGGAACCACUGGUGAGGGCCUUGGGCUGCUAGACAGUGAGCGACAGGUCACACAGAAUCUUAUCAUCAGGAUGGGCUGUAGGAAUCUUCUAGGAAGGGGUUCUCAGUAAGAGGGAGGCAGAGACUAGGUGAGGGUAGGAAAUGAAUGAAGACAGGAGCUUCCCAGGUAGUUUUACUCCCCACCCUUGAUUUAAAACCUUGGAUCUAGGCAGGUGCCCGCCCAGUUGUUCAGCAUGAAUGGAGUAAUGUCCUUGUGCCAGGUCCUGUGCUCAGCCCUGGAGGUGCAGACUAAGGCACAUCCAACCAGCAUUCAGGGAGCUCCUUGUGAGAAGAGGCCAGGCCAGACACUGGGGAAUGUUGGGGGGCCAGCUGAGCGAGAUCCAAGGGAGCACCCAGAAAGGAGGCCUGAGGCUGAGCUGGAGCUGGCUACAAUGGCGUGUGGCAUCCCAGGCCAAGGAGAGAUGCCUACCAACUGGGGACAGGACGAGGCGGCCCAGCUCACAGAAACCUCUGCACACACUGGACUUUUUAUUUUUGAGCAGUUGUUACAAUAUUAUUUAGUUGAAGGAUUUUUUAGGUAAGUGUUAGUUUUGCUCUUAAAACUAGCUGCUGGAUAUUAUCCCUAAGAAAAAUCACUAGGAAGUUUUGCAGGAAAGGGGAAGACAUCCACUUCUACAGUCAGCUGAGGAGUUAACAGACCUUUCUGUAAAUGCAUCCUUGGUUUUCAGAAAAGCUGGUGGGUGGUUCAGCUCACCUCACGGCUCAGUUCAGACCCUCUGUGGUGGGCUCUGUACUUUCCAGCUGGGGUAUGCAGGGAGUUAUAUUUCCCCUUCUCAACGGCACUUACGAUAUUUUAUGUGCUUUAUUACCUGAGAUUCUAUCUCACUAGAAUCUCAGGUAAUAAAGCAAAGACAGUGUCCCUGGGUGGCACCAGUGGUUAAGUGCUGGGCUAGUAACCGAAUGGUCAGCAUUUUGAACCCACCCAGAGGCACCCUGGAAGAAAGGCCUGCGAUCUGCUUCUGAAAAAUCAACGAUUGAAAACCCUGUAAAGCGAUUCUACUCUGACACACACAGAGUCGCCAGGAGUCAGAAUCGACUUGACAGCAACUAGUACAAAAGUAAAGACUCCUGUCACUGAACGCCUUCCCCUAAAACAGGAACCAGAGAAAAUCAUAAACAGCACAGGAUAAAAUCAACCUUACAGCAAAAGAAAGACUGGGCUUGGAUGGAAAACAAAAUACCAGAAGGGAUCAAGAACAGCUUGUUUUUCCCACAGUGAUAAUCACAUGCUGCUUGCUUAGAAUGUUUACCAGAAAAUGGGUUAAAGACCUUUCCACUGACAAAACAAAGCUGUGUGUUUACCAGGGCACAUCUGGCCCCUUAUAACCAGGGACAGAGGCCAGAAGCAUCUGAGUCUGAUCAAGGUAGUCUGCAGAGGUGGAACAUAAUGUUCCACUGUGCGCAUAGGGCAGGAACGCCCAGCAGCUGCAAGGGGUAGUAAGCAGGGGACAUUAGCCCACCCUGCCCCUUGGUUCUUCAGCUGUGGCCAGGCAGGGAUCUGCAUUAGAGCCAAGCAGUUCCAAGUGUCAGAACAGCCGAUGCAUACACUAUGUGGACCCCAGGGACUGUGAUCCUCUGGGAGAGAGCCAGCUGUUCAUGUGCCCAAGACUCAGAGUGUGCAGGGCGGGACCCCUGCGCCCUCCUGGCUAGGCUUUUAAUGGAGCUGUUUUCUGCAGAAACAGGAAUGGAAAUUCCCGGGGCUUCCUUUCCCAGAGAACCCAGAGGAAACGGACAGCAAAGUCUCAGGCUUGGUGCACAGAACCCAUUGUUCAGGGUCCCUGUGCUGUGCUGGAGCACCUGGGUCAGUCAUGUGACCAGGCUGCUUACUCUUGGACUGGGGAUCAUUGUGGCCAAGCACAGGCCCAGGCAGCAGCACUCCUUGCUGAAACCGUGCUUGUGUGUCUGGGUCUGCCCGACUGCAAGGGGGUGGGAGCAGGGGACAAAGCCAUAGUAAAAGGAAGCUGUCUUGCUACGAUUUUUCUUAGCCCACAGGCCUCUUCUUUCUAGAAUGGGCCCUUCAAAUACCACAGGCCCAUGACACACCAGUCCCUGCUGAGUGCAAAUCCCCAGAAUGUCCCAGCCGCUAGGAUCUGGCUGCUCUUGGCCCAGAAUCCCUAGAAAGAUGUACUGUUAGGAUUCGAUGGUGGCAUAGCCCGUCUUUUCUGCCCUCUGGGUCUUUCCUACCUUUCUACCCUUCUGUCUUUCUUAAGUAUGUAUGACCAUUUGAGAGUCCUGGUGGUGCAGUGGUUAAGGGCUCGGCUGCUGACCACAAGGUUAGCAGUUCAAAUCUACCAGCCGCUCCUUGGAAAUCCUAUGGGGCAGUUCUACUCUGUCCUGUAGGGUCGCUGUGAGUCGGAUCAACUUGACAGCAACAGGUUUAUAACCAUUUUCAAUAAUUUAAUUUGCUUUACAAUAACCUGGCAUCCCAUCUGAGGGAUGUGCUGUUAUUUAGAGGUUAAGAGUGUAGACAGUGGAGCAAGACUGGUUGCAAAACCUGGCUCUACCGCUUAUAAAUAUGUGACCUUGGCAAGGUACUUGUCUCAGUUUUUUCAUCUGUAAAAUGGGGAUAAUAACAGUUCCCAUCUCUUAAGGUUGUUGGGAGGUAUAUUAGUCAGCUGUAAUACCACCAAAAAUCUCAGUGGCUACCACAGCAUUUAUUUCUCUUUCAUAUUACAUGUCAGUUACUGUGGUGGCUGUGGGUUGGCUUAUGUGCCUCUGACCCACACAUCUUCUCAUUCUGGAUCCUUACCUGAAGGAGCUGCCCCUGCUAGGGACACAUUAUUCUCAAGGUAGGAAAAAGAGCAUGAGUGGUGUCCUCAUGUCCUCAUGUGCACAGUUGGCCAAGGCAGUCACGUGGCGAAGUCAGCAUCAGUGGGAUGGGGACCUGCUUCUCCAGGAGGCACUGACAUCACAAGGCAGUGGAGAGGGAUGUAGAAUCACAGAAGGGUAGCAAAUGCAGGGCAACAGCUCUUCCACAGGAACACUAAAGUAUCCAAACGGUGCCUGGCACAUAAGAGGCAUUCAGUAAGUGUUGACUAUUAUUACACUAGAAAGGAAACUGAGAGCAUAAAAUCCUGCCUAUUUUCUCUCCCCCUUUCCUCCUUUUUUCACCUGUAUUCUCUCCCUCUUGGUCUCCAUUCAUGGCUUGUGUCCCUCUCCACCCCUACCUCCUAUUCUGUCCAGUCUUGGCCACCCACACCCCUCUAUUUCCUCAAACUUUUGUCUCUCUCUUUUUGACGUCCAGCUUUCUUUACCCAGUUCUCACCCUUUUCCAUCUACACAUGUCCAAGCCCUCUGUGGCUGGCCCACUUGUUUUCAGGCACAGGAAAAUGGGAUAAUCCACCCUCACUUGGUGCAUGCAAAGGGGUGAACUAAUGACUGUCUUACUAGUCAAAUACUUUGGAGUAAAUUUCAUCUUACUAUUUUAGCCAUCAUAGAGCAAAUAGUCCCAGCAGGGCAUUUUCGCUCUUGAAAUUUUGUCCUAAACCAUCCCUGGCAGCUCUGGCAACUGACUCCCCUCAAGCUUCUCCAACCACCAUCAUCAACAACUUGUAAUAAUGCAAUAAUAAAAGUAAUAACAAUGGCUCAUAUUUCAUAUGUGUUAUGCAUUGUGCUAAGUACUUCAUCUCAUUUCAUCUUUACAACAAUCCAGAUAUCAUCCAUAUUAUAGACUUCACAGUCCUUGUUCAGACCUCAGGCAGUGCUUCGUGAGACUAUACUGAAGAUGAAUGACCAGGGGACAGAUGUCAAAGCACUUUGUAAACAAUAAAGCAUCUUAUAAAUUCAUUAAUUCAA